CUUCACUUUACUACAGAGCAGCCUCACAUCAGCUCAUCUGUCCUUUCAUUACUAAACCAGUGCGUCUCUUCAUAUUUGUGGAAUGAAACAUUUGAAUAUUUUUGACAGAAUUUGGUUCUGUUUGUGUAUGUUGGAUCUGAUUGGUGUGUUUGCUGAUUCAGAUGAAGUGAAGUCAGUGUCUGUGAUGGAGGGAGAUUCAGUCUCUCUACAGACUAACACUGAACUAAAAACAAAUGAUGAGAUAAUGUGGACAUUUGGACUUUCAGAGACUCGUAUAGCUGAAAUCAUAAAAAGUUUUGAAAGAUUCUCCACAUAUGAUGUUCUUGAUUGGAAAUUCAGAGACAGACUGAAGCUGGAUCAUCAGACUGGAUCUUUGACCAUCACAAACACCAGAAACACAGACUCUGGACUUUAUGGAGUGGAGAUAAUCAGGAACAGAACAGUGAUAUCAUACAGAUUCAAUGUUAGUGUCUAUGGUGUGUUUGCUAAUUCAGAUGCAGUGAAGUCAGUGUCUGUGAUGGAGGGAGAUUCAAUCAUUCUACAGACUAACACUGAAACACAGACAGAAGAUGAGAUUAUUUGGACAUAUGGACAUCCAGAGACUCGUAUAGCUGACAUCGAUACAAAGCAUAUAAUUUUCUCCACAUUUGAUGUUCUUGAUGGGAAAUUCAGAGACAGGCUGAAGUUGGAUCAUCAGACUGGAUCUCUGACCAUCACAAACACCAGAAACACAGACUCUGGACUUUAUGGAGUGACCAUCAGGAGCAGCAUGAGACAGCUCACAUACAGAUUCAAUCUUAUUGUCUCUGACUCUGUUCGCUGCUGUGAUUCUGCUGAAGCUGUGAUCCGAUUGGUCAUCUCUGCUCUGGUGGGCGUGGCUGCUGCCACUGCGGUUGCUGUUCUGGUUUAUGACAUCAGAUCCAGGAGAGCUGAACAGGAUGUUUGAUCACUGUUUUUUAUAUCUUUCUGUAUUCAUCUUCCCGUAAUACUGAAAUCUGAACUUUGUUUGUUAUUUUGAAUCUUAACCUGAAUCAAAGUUUGAAUCUCAUUAUUAAAGGUAUAGUUCACACAAAAAAA